AUGCCGUCGAAACAGAAAAAAUCCACAGCUUCAGAAGAAACCGAAGAAGUUGAUGACGAGGUAGAGGAAACGGAGCCAAAGUUAAAGGAGAGGAGCAAAGGUGUGACCCAUGGGGACAGCUCAAAAGGGGAAAAGAGUCAUAAGAAACACAAGAGCGCCGAGGGCUCAGACAAUCAGGCGGCUUCAGAGAAAGAGAAGAAGAAAAAAGAGAGUGAAAAAGAUAAAGAGAAAAAGAAGAAAAAGAAGAAGGACGAGGAUGCUGCAGCUGGUGCUGUGAUUGAAAAUGAGGCUGAGGAGGACGAGCAGAACAAUAAUGACCCCGAGACCAAUUCCAAGAAGGAGAACUCAGAGAAACUCAAAGAGGAAGUGACUGAAGGGGCAAAGGAGGAAAAGAAGAAAAAGAAGAAAAAAUCCUCCACAGAAAACCCAAAGGGAGAGGAGGAGAUGGGGUCCAAGGACAAGAAGUCAAAAGAUGGUAAGAAGAAGAAGAAGUCUCACAAUGAUGAUGACGAGGAGCCUUUGAUUGAGGAGCAGGAAGAGGAGGAAGACUCAAAGAAGAAGAAGAAGAAGAAGGCCAAGAAGGGCUCAGCGGACAGUGAUGACGAUAAAAAGAAAAAGGGGAAAAAAUCCAAAAAUAAGCAGGUGGACUAUGCUGUGAUCUACCAGAAUGAGCUGCUGGGAUAUCACACCGACUCCUCUGAUGGAUAUGAGGAUGAGUACUUCAAAAAGAAGGGUAAGGUCUUAACGCUGUGUUGAAAUUUAGGUACGUGUUUGUCAGUUACGGGAAAUAUGUCUGCUGUUUCCAACCUGCUCCAAUCUUAAAUUGAGAUUUCCUCCAGUACCCUUCAUCCAUGAGCAUGAGCUAUCAGGGGAGAGCCCACUGUGAUUGUUCCUGGUGAAAGCUCGGUUAUGUUCUACAUGAAUGGAGCUAAACAGAAGCUCCAGGGCAGACAGGUGCUGGGUGCCGGCCCAGACUCAGGGGACAGUGAGAACCAUCAGGGGCAGUUGUAAGGCCAGGAGCCAGGGAUUUAAACCAAAGAGAAGUAGACCUGUAGGCUCAAGAUGAGAGGGUGGAGACCUCAGGGUGAUCCAUUAGUGACGCAGUAAAAAACACUAAAUGGACAAUUAAAAUUAAAUUCUGUGUACUGCUGCUACUUAAAGCCACUGACUCACUACAUCAUACGCCCAAACUAAUUUUACCUGAGCCUAACCGAGAGCCUUUGGCGCAUUAACAUACAACCAUGAUUGUUUCAUCUGCCUAACGGUGAGAGACAGAGAGGAAGAUAGGAAUAGAAAGAUUAAUGAGAGUCCUUGCAUGAGAGGCGUAAUGUUUUCAAUAACUUAAACUAAGGCUGGUUGGUUUAUAACUGGGAACGACUUGGACUUAAGCGCUUGAGAGUUUCACAAGUUUUAGAGGCUCUGUCCCCAAGAGCAAACAGCUGGAGCCACAGCAUCAUUUUCACAACACUGGUCAGUGAAGCAUCCAAGACUUUUACGACGAUUACAGUUUUCGCAUUUGGUGGUGUAUGAACAAACUGAUGAAUGUGCAGACAUUUUUCUCAAUCUGCUUUUCUCAAUCUUUAUCCUUGGAUAUUCUUAACUCAUUACUGGUUGUGGAUUGCUUGAUUGCAUGAUAUAGAUGUCAUCAACCCUGCCUACUACUCUCUGCUCUGAGCGAAUUUUCCCAAUGUUUCUUGUUGUGUUCUCACAUUGGCUCACCUGACUUUACACAGGUAAUUAGCUGGCAGGAAAGCAGUCUGGGCAAAGCCGGGGUGAAACUUUGUGUUCACACAUGCUGCUCAGCUUGAAAAUCUGGGGAAGUUUGGAAGAAUCUGGAAGAGUCUAUGCAUGUGUGAAUAUAACUGGCUGAGAACCUCCACUGACAAGUCACUGUGCGGUUAGUGUAGGCACUAGAACUUUGAUUUGGACUUCAAUAACGCUUGACACCUCAACAUGAAACAUCAGCGACAUUCAAGCAAGAAUAACAAGGUUAGGUAUAAGCAAUUGCUUAUGCUUCAUAGUAGCAGUCAUAUAUACUGUACCUAUAGACAUAUUUGAUUAUGGUAAUUAUUUAAGAAUACGCACCAUUACUUGUUAUUCUGAAUGUUCAUACAUGUGAGCUGCAUUUAGUCCUAUUCAUUGCCAAGUGUUGGAUUAUGUUUGACAGCUCAACAUUACCUGAAACAGAUCUGACUACUUUUAUACAAGCCAGAGUUACUCAAACAAAGUGUAUCACAAAGGAAAAGAAAAAAAAAUCCUUUUGGAGGUCAACAUCCAACCCCAUUCCCAGUGUUGCCUCGAGUUCCUGUGAGAAAAGUUUUUUUUUGAUCAAACAUACUGAGUAAAAACAAGCCUAAAUAGUAUGUAAAAGCAAUCUCCAACAGACUAGAUCCUUAUAAAAGCACUCUUUGAAGUAUUAAAAGGGGUUUUGGAUGAGAAAAUUGCACAUAAAUGCAUAAAUAUCUGAACUUAAAAGCUUUUCUAUCCACUACCCCCAUUAUGUUGACAGGGAGAGCUGAAAAUGUGAUAUUUCACUGUAUCUGCUGGCAAUUUUACUGCCUGAUAAUUGCCACAAUAAAGUAAAUGAUCAAAGUUAAUGUGCUUUUAGCUCCUGAUCUUUGACUUGAUUAUGAAAGGAGUAGCGAGAAUCAUUAUGUAGCAUCAGUGGCAGUGAUGUCUCUGUGUACAUGCGUCUUUCUUACCACACAGACUCUCUUAGUUCUCCAACACUCCGGGGAGAUUAUCAAGGCUCAGUUUUACAGGCCACUGUCUAUCUGAUUUUAUCAGGAGUCUCUCUUUCUCUUUAAUCUGGUUCUAAUAGCUCUGCUUACUGUUAAUUAGGUAUCCGUGUCCCUGCUGGAUCGACUUUGGUCAAAUUGCUCUUUAUCAGGUCUUUGCUUCCUUCCUCUGCUGAAUGUUUGUAGGUUAUCUGUCAGUCUUCUUUAACAAGUCCUUAAAUGACUUUAUCUUGUACUCUGACUCUCUCACUCUGCAUUAGUUAAAAGUUUUUCUAUACUUAUUAAAUGCCUCAGUCUAGCUUAUCACUCCAUAAUAAUCAACCAGCAUGCUACACCCUAAAGAGAGACCUAUCAACCUGAAUCAACUCCAAAUUAGAGAGGACAUCCUUUUGUCCUUCUGUUGUUUCUCUCUAAAGAAAAAAGUCACAGAAUGCCCCAUGGUCCCCAGUUAACCUUACAUAACCACAGGAGAGAGGAGUUUACAUUUACAUGCCAUGAUGUGGCGGGACUAGGUAGAAUUACCUCUGCAUAUAUCAAACUGUUGGGUCUCAGGCAGCAGCCAAUUACAAACUAAUCUAAAGCUCAACAUCUAAUCCCGCCACCGUGACUCAAACACGGUGACGUUCCACAAGUUCGACUCUUUAAAUCCUCCCCUAAAAAAUUCAGAAUCUUAGUUUGAGUUGGGUUUCUUGUAAGUUAAAUUUUGAUGAGUCAUUACUCAUGUGUUGGAUUUAGGAAAGAUUGGCUCACCCUAUGAGUAGAUGGGAUUGGAUUGCAUGUCAAUGUUAAUUAAAGCGGUUAGUAAAGUUUGUCAUGGCGAUCAUAGGAGCUUGAUCCAUAUUUUGGUCUAGCUGCCUUUACAGACCAGCAGACUCUGCAGUGAGUUACCCAAGAAGUCUGCAGGAGUCGAUUCCCGCAACUGAGGCUCCUGUGUGCUUUGAAAUAAGCAGCUGCAUUUAAAUUGUUAAAAAACACAAAUCUUGAUCUUUUAAUCAGAUACUUGUUGAGAUUUAAGCACUUUGUUUGGUUUAACAAACUAUCACUGUCAGUGUUCAGAUUGUAAGCCAAUAGUGACAGUUGGUUCAACACACGGCAGUGUUUUGGCUCAUUCGUAUAGUUUUGAUCAUGUGGUCACAGUGAGCAGGUAUGUAGUAGGUCACCUGCAUAGAGGCAGGGACAAAGUAUUGAUUUAAGCUACCUGCUACCUUUGUGCUGACAGGGAAGGUGAGCUGGGUUGCUGUGCUUUUUGUUGACUGCCAUUUUACAUGAUCACUUUUCAUUGUACUUGGGGGGAUUUCUGAUACUGUUUCUUUUUUAAUUCCAUUACAUUUUUAUGAGACAUUACAGUCUAAAGGAAUAAAACACCCAACAAACAAUUCCAUCCUGCUAGUAUGACCAAAAUGUAAACAGUAACUUCGCCAUGUCCACUCUUCUCUGUCCCUUCCUUGCACAAACACCUUAAAUGACAUAGACUGCUCGGUUUUCAUCCUGUUUACCCUCCCGUCGACUCAGUGGCUUGGUCAGACGAGGAGACACAUUUGUGAAACGUGAUAGAUGCUUGGCUGCUGUGUCACACCAGACAUGGAUUGACUGCAGGUUCGCCGCAUUGAGUUCCCUGGCAAACAUGCAUGGAAGGAAAUACAAUGCUCUCUGAUGUUUAUAGAUUAUUGGAUGCUGUCUGAGGAUGUGACUUUCUGUUUGCCUUUUUAUUCAGUGCUUUGCAUUUAAAGAUGAGACUUUCCUUGACCCCAAGCUUUUUUAUUUCUUAUAAGCCAAGCCACUUUGCUAAAAUAGCUCAUGUAAAAACAGGCAUUGAUCCAAAGUGCUUGAUGGUCGAUGCAGGCAGUUAAGAAUCUGACAAUGUUCAGCAAAAUUCAAAGGAGUUGCAUCAUGUCCAGCAGGAAUAUGAGGAAUCAUCAGAAAAUAGAAGGGAAAGAAAAUAUGCAAGUUUUUGAAUUUUCUUAAAAUUUUACAAGCAACACAUGUUUGGCUUGGUUGUUGGAUCCAGUGCACCAAAAGUAUUAGAUUGCUCUGUGUUGUUCGUCAUCCCCUAUCUAUACUGCUUUUUGACCCUAUCCACAAGAUGAUUUUAAAAAGUGAUAAUAGUGGAACAGGAUAGCCAAUCAAAUGUAUUCAUUAAUACAUCAUUAAUGUAUUCAAAUUUUUGAGAUCAGAGUAGCACUGAUAACAAUAAUAAUAAUAAUAAAAAACUUUAUGUUUAUGAACAUCAGAACAAAGACAGGGAAAAAAGAGGCCCUACAAUUGGACCCUGGGGGAUGCCACAUUCAAUUCAAGCAUUGUCCAGUGAUUAUUGAGAAGGUUUUUUUUCUUUUGACCUGGUCCUUUUUAAACACAAACAAGCUCUUUGUGUCACUUGUGAAAGGUUUUUAUGACAUUGUACGGAUAAUUUUGAGAAACUUCUUCUUCCUCCGUCUCUUUGUAACUUCUAGUCUCCUCUCUGUUUCAGUGUAUGAGGUGGUUGCUGUCACUGGUGACGUGAAGGGAGCUGGGACAGAUGCCAAUAUCUUUGUCACCCUUUUUGGAGAAUUCGGCAUCACGCCAAAGGUUCACCUGGCGAGCAAGUAAGGAGGUUUGAAUUGUUUAUGUUGAUAUCAUUGAACUGUUAUUUGAUAGUAAUGCUGCCACCAAGUCAGGUCUUAAAAUAACUCAUUUCACUGUGAUUUCAUAAGACUUGUAUUUUCUUUUAAUUUAUUUUAGCUUGGCUAGUUUACAGCCUUGAAUAUCAGCUGUUAACUUUUGAUCUUCUUUAUUCCUUUCUGAUCCUUCAGCACAGCAAAGAGGUAUUUUCCAACCAGAAUGCUAAAGGAUGGAAACAGUUCUGUCCUUGUGUUGGAUUGAAUUUUGCACAUUACACUGUAUGAAAGAACAUUCCUGCUCUACAUUGAACUGAAUCACAAAGAGCCUGACUGUUAAAACCAUCUCCAUAACUCAAAAAUAGCUCGAUGAGAGAGCGAGAUGGGAGAUGGUGAUAACAACAGUUUGAUUGUGGUGCAGGAAUCUCUCAUCUAUACAGUCGCAUCCAGUGUCGGACACAGAAUAUCUGGAGUAAGGAGGAACUAUGUGGCAUGGCUGGUCUUCUUUUCCAUUCAUGGCUGAAUGAAAGAAGACUGUCAUGUCAUUUCUGAGGAUGAUCGAAUGACUCUCAGGGGAUCUUAUCAGCAGCAGGCUACCUUUAUCUCCUCACACAUUGAUUGACUGAUAGGGUUACCUCUGCAGUGUAUAGGGUAGACUGUCUUAUUGUCAGCCUCACUGGACCGUGUCACACACACCUUGUGGUGGUCUCGUUCAUCCACUUCAGUAAACAUCAACAUGCCCAUGUAUUCUGUGUGCCUUUGCUGUGUGGCUGUAAUGCUGCUCAGCCGAGGAAACACUAUACAUGGAUGUUGAUGACCUACCUUUGCAUAGAAUAAAUAUUCUGCGUAGCAAAGAGUUUCACCUUACUCCGAUAUAAAUUAGGUCCUGCCUGUAUUGUGUAGUCAUCGAAGAACAUUUUGCCACAUGAUACAGGUAAGGAGGAGCUGCUAUGUCUGUUAAAGCAGAUGCAAAAUGCAACUCUUUGGUAAUUUAUUGCAAUCACUCCAAAUUCAAAUUGCCUAAAUAGCAAAGUUUGCAUUGGGCUUGCUUUUUCACAACAUCAGUUCCUCCCUCAUCCUUGUCUUGCAGGAGAUUUUAGAAGAAGUAAACAGAGAAUAAAGGGAAUGCAUUCAUCAGUGUAAGGCAGAAUUUCAUUUUGGGCUUUUAUUUUCACAGCAUAUGACACUGUGCACCUUAAUUAUAAGAGCUACGGCAUUGUCUUUGGGUGCACUAUUGUCUGGCGAGAAGAACAGAUGGAGAUGUGGGUCAAAGACAAAGGCAGGCAUUCUCUGUUAAUGAAAAAGAUGGUGUCUGAUUCGCUGUGGUUGGCAGAGAACCUACUGUGUGCACACAGGCGCCUGGUUCGUCUCUGUGAGGGGUAGAAGUACAUGAGAGGAGGAGGAGGAGGAGGAUGCAUCAAAAUGGCUGAGCUUUAGAAGGUUUCAGAUUAUAUCACCACCAUAAGACCACUCGGGCACCCUAAGCCGGAUUAAGUCAGGAGAUAUAAUUCAUUGUUCCAGAUCUCAGUACAGUUAGCUGUCUUUUCUAUAACUCCAUAAUCUAUGUUGAUCAGAAGAAACAUAUUUCUUUUCAUCUGUCUUUCUUCCUUCUCUCGCUCUCUCUUUCUUUCACCCUCUGACCAACACACAAAAUAAAUCUUUCUCUCAAAUUUUGACAUCUUUUUGUUUCCUCAAUUACAGGAGCCGAACUGCAUUUGAGAAGAAUAAGACUGAUGUUUUUCGCAUCAAAACACACAAUGUGGGGCCUUUGAAGAAGCUAAGGUACUGCACAGCAUAUAUAAUGCUUUCAUAUGAAUAUAAAUCACAUAAUAGCUCUUUGAUGUUUGUAUGCCUGCAGCAGACACCGAAAAAAUGCACAACUUGCGGUCGCUGAAAUCAUCCCAGCUCUGUUGAGCAAACCUAACACAGGAUAACAGCAGCUUACAGCGAGGAUCACACUGAAACAUUUCUCACUUAUUUUCCAGCUGUGCUGCUGGCCAUCAAAGGAUUUCAUUCAGUUACACAAGGUUAAGCCCCAUCUGUUGUUGUGUGUCAGAGUCUCACUCCAAAGGAGGCUGAGUGACAUCAAAGCUGCCAGGACAUGAAUAGUGAAAUGCGGCAGAUGGAUCUAUUUAAAAGUCAAUGAGAGCAAAAGGUGGAGGUGCUGCAUUAUAGCUCAGGAAAGGAACAACAGGUUGCCUUUGCCCUUAUCAUGUUGGCCAGUCUGCAAGAUUUUUCAGCCUUUUUAACUUCAUAGUGUUCUCAGUUUUUAUACAGAGGGACAUAUUUGGCUCAGAGCUUUGAGAACUAUUGACCUCCACAUGGUUUUUAGGGCCAAAAACACAAAAGCAAACAACUGUAAUCAGUGCUGUUGAACUCGGGUCCUUGUUUAGCUAACAGCAGUGUUGGCAGCCAAAGUGACUUCAGCUGUUUGGUUGGUUGAAAUAGUUUAAUAGAGGGUGAAUUUCAGUUAUUUUUUAGUUUAUUAGACAUCUGCAGUGUUCCCACAGCAGAUUCAAAUGAUGUGUCUCCUCAUUGAGACAGACGCAGUGCGCAUUUACAUACAACACACAGUGUUGUGCUCAGACUAGGACUCUGAUGGUUCUUACUCAACUUAGACUCUGACUCAAAUUGGAUUCUUGGGGAUUUAUGCCCAACUUGGACUUAAACACUGAGGGCAUGAGACUUGAUUUAGACUGGAGAUUAAGUGACUGGAUUCUCACACUGACUGCAUCUGAUACAGUUAAUAUUUCAUCCCCUAAUUUUUAGCAACGAUUUACUUAGAAUGAACAUAAAGUGGUCGUCUUAUUUCUCAGAUGUUUCUUUUGGCAACUGAUGUUUAACAGAUAUUUUCAUUUGUUUAUUUUGACAAGAUUGACCAUUUUCAAACUUUCUCAGAAAACAAAAUUUGUGAUUCCUUUUUAUUAUGUGGCCUGUUGGACCUGUUUGCACAAAUAGUUCAUUUUGAAGUUGUAUCAUCCAGAAAUCUAACAAAAAAAGCUCUGUCUGUGAACCCCCUGUCACACUUUGAGGUUUGCCUCCACAGGAUUGAGCACGACAACACAGGGAUGAGCGCCAGCUGGUUCUUGGACAGGGUUGUUGUGACCGACAUGAACCGGCCACAUCUGCGCUUCUAUUUCCCCUGCAACAACUGGUUGAGUCGAGAGGAGGCCGACAACCUGUUUGUCAGGGACCUGCUGGGCAGUAUGAACCCCAUGGAUGUGCAGAAAUGUAGGUCACAGAGAAAGAAAACUAAUAACACAGAGCAGACACAAGGGUUUAUAAAAGUUAAACACAAAACAGUUUAACCUCAAAAAAUCUUUUGGAAACAAGCGACAGGUUUUCACACAGAUGAAGUAAGAAGAAACUUUUCUUCGAAACCUGACAAUGUUAUCGUCUUGUGUCUGGCCACUUGUACACAAGGUGUCUGAUGGCUGACUGUGUCAGGUUGUAAUUGAAUUGUAUCACUGUGUAAUCCUCUGCUGAACCAGCCCGCGCGUUGCAACGUGAUCUGACAUCUCAGAACCAGCAGUCAAUCAAGCAGAGCAAUGUGACGCCAAAGUUUAGAUAAACACAUGCAGACACCAGGCUGUGAUGAAGCAGGGGGCGCUGCCAGGGAUUCUGGGCCACAUGACAAUCACCCCACCAUUUCACCAUCGCAGUUCUUCUAAUGUUUCCUUCAGCCCCGUCAUUCCGUGGGCCUAAGUAUCAUUCUGACUUUUCUACCUUUACACACAACAUGUGCAUACCAGAGUUUCAUAUACAUGGACUUAUCUUGGGCAGGUUUCCCAGGAAUGUACCCAUUUUUACCUUCAUUUUUUAAGAACAUACGGUAUUCACCAUCUUGGUUCAAUGAUACUGAACAGUCUGUCCUUGCUCACCUUUCUCAUGUGUGCUGUGAGUAGACUGACAGAUGCUCUGCAGGUGAUCAGAAAGGGAAAGAAAAAGAGAGUGUCCGUCUUUUAGUAAAUGCAAUGAUGUGAUGUAAUCUCCCACAUUAGAGUGACACAUGAUACCUUAGACUGCUCUGACUUGACACGUGUCAAUCUCUAAAUCCCCUAGUUAACGUUUCCUCCCUGUUUGGAAGUCUGUUUAAGUCCCCUUUUCUCUGCAUGUGCCUGUUUUGUGCUCAUACUUUGAGACCCAUCUCCACCUCAGUAUCCACAUGCAGGCUCUAGCUCAGAUGUUCUCUUAAGUAAAAGCAGAAAAUGGUUCUGGAAAAUACUCAAAAUUCACAUUUUCCUCACUCUUAGCCUUACUUGUGUAAUGAUGUUAAUGCUCAUUCACUGCAGCCUUCAAUAACAUUUUCACAUCCAUCUUUUACAGUUAAUAAAUACAUAGUGAGUGUGUUCACUGCUGAUAUGAAGGGGAGCGGAACCGAUGCAGAUGUUUUCCUCAACAUCUUUGGAGAAAACGGUGACACAGGUAGGGCAGUAGAAAGGUUAUUUUUUUCAUUACCUGUUGUUUCUUAAGAUAAUAUUUAAAUCCUAAUUAAUAAAACUCUGGGAAAUUUGUUAAAUGUAGGAAAUUAUGGUUUGUUUUUGAAUGAUAGACCAAAACAUUAAAAGAAAUGCUUACAGCCUAGAAAAUUGUGACUGUCAUUGGCUACUGGUAUGUCUGCAGAGAAGACUUCUUUCUAAUUUAAAUGAGUUUGAUUCUUCCUCUAAAAACCUUUAUGUCUUAUGAAAGGAGAGAGACGACUGGACAGUGACAAAGACAACUUUGAACGAGGCUCUGAGGACAAGUUUACAAUAGAGGCUCCAAACCUGGGCAGGCUGAGGAAGAUCACCAUCGGCCACAACAACAGAGGCUCGUCAGCAGGAUGGUUUCUAGAUAAGGCACGUGAAAUCUACUUCUGUCUGCAUGAUCAGCACACAUGAACAAAAUCCCUGACCUUGAUGCCUGAAACUGUGUUUCUCCAGGUGGUAAUCGAUGACAUGGGGAAUAAAGAAGUGUACGAGUUCCCCGUUAAUCGCUGGUUUGCGAUGGAUGAAGCUGAUGGUAAAAUUCAGAGGGAUGUGUUGGUCGGAUCCCUGCAGCCAAUGGGUGAGAGUCGAAAACACCACUAAUUCCCAUCAGGUCUGUCUGUAUCCAAACUGCCUUUGGCUACAUUUUCUGAAACUGUCUCAGCUCCAGGCCUAAAAACUUGGUGUCAGGUUGACAGGAUAUUUCACCAGCCGUUCCCCUGGUUUGUUUGUGGAGAGUGUAGGCGAAAUUGUCACUUCUGAGUCAAAUGAUUUUAAAGCCUUACAAAAAGUGAAGAUUAGCAGCUGAAGAUAAUGAUAUUUGAAUAAAAAAUGCAAAUCCAAGGAAAAAGAAAACAACAUGAUGUCAAGAAGUAGACAAGUGAGGACUCUUUUCAAUAAGACCAAUCAUGCCUUUCAGCUUCUUUACUAAAGCUCCUUUGUGCUUGUGCCAAUUUAAGCACCCCUGAGGACAAAAAGAUACCUUUAUCUUUGGCUGAUUAGUCAUGCAGCUUCCUUGUACAAGUUGUGCUUUGUGACAAGAGAAAAACUCUUCCUGCUGUUGUUCGCCAUGUUGCAAAAUAGAACAGAAUGUGGAAACUCUAGUUUCACAUAUAUACCUAAUUUUACAUGUAUAGCUUUACUAUAUAAUUAUACAUUUUUUGGGUCUACACCCACACUUUAGAAUGUAGGACUUGAAGAGCUUUUUGUUAAUGAUUUUGUUUGCUUUUGUGGGUCAUAAAGGGGCAUCACUGUUUUGUAACCAGUUAAAAUCUCUGUGCAGAACCUUUAAAGUGGAACCUGGCAAGCUAAUAACUAGCAUAGUGUAGUGGACAACACAAACUGCUGAUAGAGUUAAGAAUAAAGCGUAUUGAUGUCUGUGGUCUCUGGGCAGGAAGGUCCAAAAACAUACCGUACAAAUAGAUUUCCACAAGUUUACUUUUGCUUUGUGUUUAUCCACACCAUAGAAAUAGAGCAUCUAUCUCACAGUUAUUUAGGUUGUCCCCUUUAUUAGUUAUGCUAGAUGAGGAUCCAGGCAAAUUCAGUGUUUUUCACUUUACUCCUAUCCCGAAAUCGGAGCCAAAAAAAAGCCAGCUGAGUGAAGCCUCGAGCUAGUUCAUUGCAUGUUUGCCUACUCAAGCUGUGAUCAUCAUACUGACCAGCUUUAGUGCCAGCCAACACAUACUGUAUUUAACCAAAUUAUUGUACUUUACGAGCUGUCAGUAAAAAUCACAAAUGCAUUUUAAGCGUAUUAAAAGUUGUUUUCCAUUUUUGUAAGAGAACACAAACUAAACAAAUCAAUAGACAAUUAUCAUUCAGGCAGAUUGAAAUCAUUGAUCAAUCAGAAUGGUAAUGUAUUGUAAUUUAUUCCUUUAGGUAUUGUUUAUAAUGUACAAGUGAUGACUGGAGAUGUGAGGGGUGCUGGCACCAACUCUAAAAUCCACAUGGUCAUGCACGGCUUCAAGGGUUUGAAGAACAGCGGCAAAGUCUUCCUGGAGGGCGGUGCUUUCGAGCGCGGCCUGAUCGACAUAUUCAACGUGGAGAUCUGUGAGCUGAUCAGCCCGCUUAGCAGGGUAACCAUCGGCCACGACAAUGGGGCUGUGGGUGCUGGAUGGUACUGUGAGAAGGUACAAGACAUUUAUUUAUUGUCAGUAGAGUGGUUCUGGAAAAGAAACAUGUUUUCAGCCUCCUAACACAUGUCCAUUUUUUUAGGUAGUGAUAUACUGUCCGUUCACGGGGAUUGAGCAGACGUUUCCAUGUGGGAUGUGGCUGGAUGAGGAUGAAGGAGAUGGACUGAUUGAGAGGGAGCUUUACGAGAUGGUUUCUCUGAGGCAGAAAAAACAAAAAAGUGGGUCAACCAACUUAUAGAUUUGUGCUAAAUAAAAGAAAAUCCUGUUUUUUUGUUUUCCAAAAGUUACUUAAUUCAGUAUCAACAUCAACAUAGCUAUUUCAGCAUCAAAUAAACUCCUCUCUCCUCCCUAGAGUUCCCAUGGUCCCUGUGGAUUUGGACAUCAGAUAUCAAAGGUGCAGGGACUGAUGCUCAGGUGUUUCUGCAGAUCUAUGGAGAGAGAGGCAAAUCUGAUGAGAUCAAACUGGAAAACAACUCAGACAGUUUUGAACAGGGCCAGCUUGAUAAAUUCAUGGUAAAACCUUUAUCAUCUCCUCAGUUAAGUAUAGAAUAGCCAUAGUUAGGCUAGCACACUGACUAUUUUGAGAUUUGAUGUUACUGAACAAUUUUUGAUCGCUAUAGAUUGAAAUGCCGGACAUGGGAAAACUACAGAAAUUGCGCAUCUGGCAUGAGAAGAGGCACCCUUUUGCUGGCUGGCAUUUAGACAAGGUUAGACCCACUUCUCUGUCUUUCAGAUCUACCAAUGUAAGUCAUCAUGAUGUCAGUGUUGUCUCUUCUGUGGGCACUGAUUUGGAUACUGAAUAAAUAUGAAAUCAUGAACCAGCUUCACAGAAAAGAAACCAAAUCUCUGCUCAGUUGUCAGCUUUUAGGAAUUAUUGUGAGCCCCUUCCUCAGUUUAUAAAAGUGUGGAAGUAUGCUGGUUUGAAGGUCAAGGGCUCUAUUUUCGUGCCUCGCCAGCGCCGUGGCGUAGACGCAGUGUAAGUCAGGUCCACCGCGCAAACAAGGCGUGCCCAAGCACAUUUUGGUAUUUUGGUGAGCGGCGCAGCCUGGCAUAAGUAUCCCCCCUCCCUAACUCAGCUCCUCCCAGCGGCGUAAGUCGUAGAGAGGGAGGGAAUAACACAGCCGAGACCUGUUUUCACCAAUCACAUCAGCUCCUCUCCUAACCUUUAAAUCCGCCACCGGCGAGGCGUAUUACUAUUUUCGUGAAGUAGUUAAAGAGAUCAAGAGAUGUCUGAAGACAGUAAUGCCACACGAUGGUGACAGAAGGCAGCUCCUCAACAAGUGUCACUGUAAGCGCUGCAUUGGGCGUCCUCCACACUCUCAUCUGAGCACAGAUGGAUUUGGUGUGUGUAAUGUUGGACCCACUGGUAAAACAAACACCCUUUUCCACAAAUAAAGACACUCACAUAAAGUUGCAUAUAUUUAAACCUCACGUGACAAAGGUGGGUUGUGCGCACAGAUCACAACAUUAACUCCAAUUAUGGCAUUAAAAUCGGAACCAUCUGUGCGUAAAUGACAAAUCGCGCUCCGUGGCCUGGCUCUUUCUUUCAUAGAUGUUGGCAUAUAAAACAAAUUUGGCUCACAAAACUGAAUAUUAUAACAUUUGUAUGUUGGCUUAUAGUAAAUAACUCAUCUGAGCACUGAAACAAAUCAUCUGUUCAGCUGCAGCUGCAGCAGGACAGGGAGAGGACUCGGAGACAUGUCCAGGUCGAGCUGCGCGACAAAUAAGAGGAAGAUAGAAAAGGAGGGAGACGAACUACACAUCUUGUUAACUUCAUCAUGUGUGUCUAUUUACUAGAUAUUUAAUUUAAUUUAAUGCGGUUUCAACUGUGUUGAUUCAGUCAGGUUGUGUGUCCAAACGCGUGCCAAACGGGCUCAUCAGAGCAGAUAUAGAUCAGAAUAUAUCUAUAUAGAUCUAAAUGUGUGUGCUGACUCGGAAUAUUGGCUGUUUUUGAUUAUUUAUUGCACUGAAAUGUGCCUGACACUGUGGAAACCUGUCGGUGAGGCAUCAGUGACGUAUGCGCACUACGCCGCCGGUCUACCAAAAUACCACUAGACCAGCUGCGCUCUGCCUGCGCUGAAAGCUGACCAGGUUUGAAGCGGCGAGCUUUCAGUGCACUUUACAUGCCACCGGCGAGCACGAAAAUGUCACUGCGCCAGCUGACUCUACCGACACCUCCCCCUGCCGUGCCGCCACGCCCAGUUUGGCGGACCUCGGUGCGCCUCAGUCUAAGAAAAUACCAAACUGGCUGUGCACCGAGGUCUGCCAGACGAAAAUACCACUGCACGGGAUCCGCCACCCUCCGCCGCGCCGCCGGCAGGCAAGAAAAUAGAGCCCUAGAUCAUGAUCAAAGACUUCAGAUGGUUUGUCAUCACACAGUCUAAUUGUGUGAUUGUUUUCUGCAGGUCACUUUGCUCAAGACCCUGACAAUGGAGAAAUAUUCUUUCCAAUGUGGCCGCUGGCUCGACAUCAAUGAAGAUGACAACGAGAUCGUCAGAGAGCUCCCAGCUAUAAGUACACUCAUCGAUGAGCCGCUGCCCUGUGAGAGACGCUCUCGAUAAAAUCUGUCUUAGUUAUACGGAGAUGACAUGUUAUAAUCCUCACAAUGAUGAAUCAAUUUUGUCUUUUAGUGAUCAAAUAUCGAGUAACUAUCUGCACCGGCAAUGUCAGUGGGAGCGGCACCGAUGCGAGCGUCUUCCUCAAUAUCAUCGGUGACCUGGGUGACACAGGGGAGCGUCUCAUGUUCAUGAGCAAAAAUAAUGUCAACAAAUUUGAAAAGGGCAAUGUGAGCACAUUAUAUUUACAAACCGGACAAAGAAAAUUGAAAUACAUUACAUCGUAGGAAUCUAUAAGCAACUAUAAUCAGUGUUUUUUUUUCUGUCCCGUCUUAGCAUGACGAGUUUCUCAUUGAGGCUGUGUCUGUGGGUCAGGUGCGCAAAGUGCGUGUCGGCCACGAUGGACGCGGUGGAGGCUGUGGUUGGUACCUUGAUAAGGUGAUGGUCAGGGAGGAGGGUCAGCCAGAGAGUUUGGCCACCGAAUUUCCCUGUGACAGGCAAGCUAGUAACACUCAACACAUAGGAUUUAUACUGAAGCAUGCUACUAUCAAGCUCUGUUCUCCCCUCUUCUUUCUCUGCAAAACCUUUUCUCUAUUAAAGUGUUCAUUAUAGGAGGACUUGGAGCGUACAGCCGAAUCUGGUGAGGGUGAGACCUGGCCCUCUCUUUUCUCUCAUAACAUCUGCUCACUUGAUAUCCUCUGUGAUAAACCAGCGCUUGCUCCUCAUCUAUCUCCAUCUAUUUUCAUUCUCGGAAUCUGUAGAUUAUGUAGUGUAUCAGUUAAGCGUAAGUAUUAGGUGAAGUGUCAAUUUUGUCAAGAGUUUCAAAAUUUAGUUUCAUGUUAGUAAUUUUCAGAAAGUUGUGCUCGAUUUUAGUCAUAUUUUAGUCUCUGUGUUAAGAUUUAGUCAGAGGAACUAAGUUUUCAUUUUAGUCUGAUUUCAGUCAGUGUUAAUUUUUGUUUUAAUUUAGUCAAAAUUUUAGUCCAAACUUUCUCACAUAGUUUUAUGUUAGUCUUUAAAGAAAGGUAUUUCUCCUAGAAGUAAAAAAUUCAGUGUGAAGAAAGAAUAACUGCGUAUUUGGUCAUCUUGACUUCUUUGUGUCAUUAAAAAAACUGCUUUAUACCUUAAACUUUAUUUGAAAGGGUAAUCAAAGCUAAACAAACAGCGAUAUAACUGAUUAUCCACUGAAAAGAGUCAAUUAUUUAAUCUUGACAUUAUUCUUCAAAGUGUUUGGAAGGAUUUUUGUUACAGUUUCAUUUUCAGUUUGCUUACCUUUUACGGCACUAUCUCAGUUUAGUCAUGGAAAAUUUGCACAUCAAUGAAAACUUAUUAAGUUAAUAGUUUAGCCUUUUUAUUUAAGUGCUUUUUGUUUAUUUGAAAUCCAUACUUGUGUUUUGGGCAGAAAGCUGGCGCAGGUUAGCUUAGCUAAGCAUAAAAAGGAAUCAGCUGGCCUGGAUUCAGAGUUAUACAUAAAACAGAGAGUUCAUUUGAAGCCGUCUUUAUAAAGUUUUAUUAGAUUUCAUGAUGAAAUUCUUUCAGGAUUUUAUUUGCCAUACAACUCAUUGUUGAAUUGCUGACAUUACAGCUGUUUGUGUGGCUGCCAAGAGAUAGUAAAACUUAAAAGCUUGGCAUACAGAGGGGAAAUAGUGGAAAUGUACAGCCUAGGCUUUAUCAAAGUAGAUAAAAUCUCAUUUAUACUUGUGCUUUUAUGGAUUAAGCAGAUCUUGGAGUAUCAUGUAUUUCAGAUUUGCUUUGAAACUUAGAUGAAGUCAGACAGAUUGUCCCACCCUGCUUCCACUAAUGGCAGAUGAUUUUCCAAAAUGUCAAACUAUUGAACUUAAGAUGCUUUCUUGAUUUUCUUUGUAAACAUAAGCAGUCAAAGUGUGUUAGUGAAUCUCUUGUCCCUGGCUCACCAAAGCACCAACUUGCUGGACAAAGUUCAGUGGCGCGUGUUGAAGUAGUUAGGCAGGUGAUGGAUGAGUUUGCCUUGACAAAUCGGCUCUAAGUGCACAAUGUUCAGCCAGCUCUGGCAGUAACUGGAGCCAAACCACAGGGCCGGGGUGCAGUGUUACGUCUAAAAGGAGGCUCUUCCUGUGUCUGCCUGUCAGUCCUGCAAAAGGGAAAGGUUUGGUAGCUUCUACUGCAAAACAAUUGGUAAUAUGAGUGUCUGUUGUAGCUUGUGCUGGUUGUGUUCAGUUUCAUUUUAAACUACUGAAAAUGUGUAGGAGAACAGAUACUGGAGCUGAUGCUUCUGAGUACAAAAAGGAACCUUAACAAAUUUAACAAAUGCAGGGAUAAAAGUAAUAAAACUAAUCUUUUAUUUCACACAUGUUUUGAUAUGGGUUAACCAUCUGUUUCUGCCCAUUGGAUUCUUUCAGGUGGUUGGACCGUAAUGAAGAUGAUGGACAAAUUGUUCGCGAGUUAGUCCCAGCCGGAGAUGGCCUGCGUCUGUUCAGUGAGUGCAGAGACAGCAGUUCAAUAUAAACUCUCAAUGUCAUAAUAAGAUAGGAAUGCUAACAAGUUUACGCUAGAGGUGUUGUUUGGUUUUUUUUCAACAACUGAGAAAAUCAGCCCUUUGAUUUAGAGACCACGAUGAAGAUGCGUUAUCUACCACCAUAGACGAGUCGAUUUAACCACGUAAUGUUAAGUAGCUCAUUUUGAGAAAGUCUAGACAAAAUGUGGUUUGAAAGUAUCACUGAAAUGAAGCAGCUGGAGCUCUGGAAACUUUCUAAAUAUAGCAAACUCUUCCACCGACAUAAAUGUUUUGGUCAAACUUUCUCAAAACUUCAUGAUGCAGUUCAUUCUGUCUGCAUGUGGUUUAUAGCUCAGCUCCCCCAACUGGUUUCUCAAUAAUGAGGCCAAGCUGACUGGCCUUUCCUGUGUGUAAUCCACUUAAUAUUGACAAGAACUUCAUGAAACCCCACCUAAAAAUGAAAUUAUUGCUUCUGUUGUUAUGUGAAUAAGAUAAUUACUCUCAUUUCCUUCCUUUCUUCUAAGAUGUCGGCUACCACAUAGCAAUCAAAACAGGCAGUGUUAACGGGGCCAGCUCUGACUCCAGGGUGUUUGUAAAGCUAUAUGGAGAAAAGGGCGACACUAACAAGAUGAUACUGGCAGUUUCCGACAAUGACCUGAGGAACUACUUUGAGACGGCUCGCACCGACAUUUUUACCAUAGACACCUUUGACAUUGGACAGGCAAGUUCUCGAGGAUAUUUUGCAGACCAUGACAAUAAUGUUUCAGACAUUUAUUACCCAUGAUAUGAUCCUCUUAUGUCUUGUCUCGUGUGCUUGCAGAUUAACCGUCUCCUCAUUGGUCACACUAAUGAAGGCUUGCGGGCUGGAUGGUUUCUGGACAGCGUGCAGAUUUCUGUUCCGGUUCAUGGGAAGCAGUACAUGUUUCCAAGCCAUCGCUGGCUCUGCAAGGAUGAGGCUGAUGGGAAAGUGGAGGUUGAGAUCUAUCCCAGUGAGGUCUUGGACAUUGAACAAUGUAAAUAUGGAGUGUUGCACAUUCAGAAUGAACCGCUCCUCCAGUGUUUUAAAGUUUAUUGCUUUUGCUCUACAUAAUCCUGAUAGUGUGACUCCAUUUCUACAACAGUGAUCAACUAUGAAGUAACUGUGGUCACUGGGGACGUGCGUGCAGGUGGAACCAAUGCCAAUGUCUUCUGUCAGAUCUAUGGAGAGGAGGGAAAGACUGAAGUCCUCACCCUCAAGAGUCGCUCAAACAAUUUUGAACGUGGCACCACUGAGAUCUUCAAGGUUUGCCCAAAGCCUUCAUAUUGUUUUGUCUAUAUACUGUACAUUUCAUUGUACAUUUAAAUACCUGUUUUUUUUUUUUUUUUUUAAUGAUCCAAAACCCAGAUUGAGGCUCAAGAUAUUGGCAAGAUCUACAAGAUACGCAUCUUUCACGACGGGACGGGUAUUGGUGACGGCUGGUUUCUGGAGACAGUGGAUGUCAAGAGGUUGACGAUGGCCAUGGUGCAGAUUGAGGUGAAGAAGGAAGACACCAAGAAGGACAAGAAGAAGGACAAGAAAAAGAAGAAGAAGGACGAAGAGGAGGAAGUGGAGAUCAUUGAGAAGCUGCAAGAAGUGGUGGAGACAUUUAGUUUCCCUUGUAACCGCUGGCUGGCAAAGGAUGAGGAGGACGGGGAGAUUGUGGUGGAGCUGCUGACUGAGGACAAUGAAGAACUGGAAAGUAAGUGGAUCCUGAAUAAAUGUGGUUAGUCAGCCUUCUGAUUUGACUGUCAUGAAGCGGCCAUAAGGUGCAAUGUUCAAAAACUGUGUUUUUUCCUCUCAGUAAACUCAUAUGAGGUUCAUGUUUUCACCGGCACGAUGUGGGGCGCAGGGACAGAUGCCAACGUUUACAUCAACGUCUACGGAGAGGUUGGCGACACAGGAGAAAGACAGCUCAGGAAAUCCAACAACCUGAACAAGUUUGAGAAAGGCAAGGUAUGCUUUGUUUAUGUGAAUUCUAGAUGUGCCGAUUAUAUCUACAAUUCUUUCAUAUAACAUGAUGAUGCCAGACUUACUGUCCCCCCUGUUUUCACAAGCGAAGCUCGCAUAUCCUUUCUCCAAACUUAGAGCUACAGUGGCACACAUUAUUGCCUAAAACUAAUGCAAUAAUGUAAAUGCAUCAUAAAUAACAAAAGAUGGACACUUAGGUGGAAGAGAGGGACAGAGCUGUCAAGUGGUGACCUCCUAGUGGCUCGCCCUGGGUCCUGUGGGAGUAGCUGACAGGUAUAAGGUGACUAAGUAGGGCUGCAGCUUCAAUUUAUUUAGGGAGGCUUUUGAGAGGGACUUUUGGUUGGCCUCAAGAAAGUUCUAGCAAACUGUCAAAUGGCUCAGGAAGGGGAAGCAGGUCUUGGCUCAGGCUUUUCUUAGCAGCGAGGAGUCGAGGAACUCCUGAACCUAAAUGACACGUCCUCUAAGAAGUUUAAGUCUGUACACCCAGGGGAAGCUUUAUAUCCUUAGCAGUGGUCCCUGUGGGGGUUAUAAAGCUCCUCAGAGGCAAGGCACCAGGUACAAUGAAUAUACAGUGUGUAAUUUCUGUUCCUAGCUGUCUCUCAACCAAAUGAUAAUUAAAGAUAUAGUUUAUUGAUGAUGUGGAGUAGUAUUAAGUCAAAGGAGAUGUUGCCUUAAAUGUUAAACAAAGACCAUUGUGGAUGGAAAUCUAUUUGAAUGAAUCAUUUGUACUGCUAAAGUCACUCUUAAGUUUCAUCAGAAUCAUCGUAAGGGACCAAGCAACCAGGCAAAGGACAAAGGUGUGGAAAAAGAUCUUGAUCCUUUAACUUUACUCAAAAAGCAGAAAUCAGUAACAAAAUAUCCAACUUAAUGUGGUCGAAAAUCAACAAAAUCUGGACCCACAUUAAAAGAGGUCAACUCAGCAACAAAAGGAACUGAACUUACACCCUAACAAACAUAAUCAAACAGACCUACUAAGCGGUGUUGUAGUCAAGACCGCACCAACCGAUACCAAGACAUUACCGAGACCACAGAGGAGGAACGAGACUGAGACAAGACCGAGUGAAAAUGCCUUCGAUUCUGAGACGACACCAAGACCCUCAAAAAUUGGUCUCGAGACCGGUCUCAAGACCAAGACCGAUCUCAGGACCGGUCUCGAGACCAAGACUGAUCUCGAGUACUAGAACACUACUGUAUGGUAACCGUUACCUGUCUUUAUGCUUCCUCUCGAGGUGACGGUACCAGCUGUUUCUGUGAGUUGUGCACUGCAGAAUUUGCACACUGCCGAGUGUUUUCGCUUGCAUGUCGUUUUUCAAAUAAACUCCUUGUGGUUUAGGAAACCAAACUUAAUUAUUGCUGAGUUGGCAGACAUCUUUCAUGACGAGUUCACCGGGUGCCGAGCAUGAACACAGCCUCUCCUCCUGUCGUCUCCAUCCUCUCUCUGUAUGGAGGUGGUGUGUCAGUCACUCAGACUGUGUGACACUGGGCAGGUAACUUAGCAGAUGCAGCUGGGGGAGAAUCAUUACUACCAAUGAUGUGAAGUUAUUAGCUCGACCGGUCUCAUUCAAAAACCCGAGUCCGCUCACUCCGAGACCAAGACAAGACAGAGUGAAAAUGCCUUCGAUUCUGAGACGACACCAAGACCCUCAAAAAAUGGUCUCAGACCAAGACCGAUCUCGAGUACUACAACACUACUAUUAAGUGAUUCAUGUCAGGGGUUUAAAUAGAUAAAGGAGAAGUCCAACAUAAACACAAGGGGGAAACUAAAGUGAUAACAAACUAAACAUCUAACAAACUCAGAAAAACACCAUCAAAUUAUCCAAACUAACUUCUUACAGAAAAAACUAAAUACUCUGCUCUAACUGAAAGAAUAAAGACAAACGUUUUAUAAAGAAUCAAAAGUCAAGGCUCCUCCUUGCUUUCCUCUUGAUGUUCUGUCCCACUUCCUGUGGGUAGGCUUAAGAGGUCAUCUUAGAGCUGCAGGCAGCCUUUUGCCAGGUACGCUGAAACAAAGAUAAACAAAAAGUUAAGUAUUGCUUUGUAUUAAAUGAACUCAAAUUCAAUCAUGAUGUAGAAAAUUAAACUAUGCGACAGUUUGUUAACUAAAUUGUGGGCACCCAAAUUAGAAAACAAAUGGCAUAAAUGCAAUAAAAGGGAUUUAUUUCAACAAAAAAGUGUGUAGUGUGAUUUUUCUAAACUGAAACAAAUUUACUGUGUUGAAACCUAAAGACAAAGAAAUACCAACACAAGGUGGUGUUCGAGGUCACCACAAUCAUGUUUAUUGAUUUUUUUUUAUAUAAAGUUGUCUCAUUUUUCUCACCUAACUGCAAAUCAUAUGAGUUCAUACCACAAACUUUCUACUUAAUCUUUCAUGUAUCAUCUGGUGUAUUUUAUUUUUUCAGUUUUUUGAGAAAACAGGAUACCAAAUGAAAUAAAAGAAGGGUCUGUGUUUGAGCUCAAAGAUUCCUGGAAGCAUUUAGGAUAAUCAACUUAAACAUAGAACAUCAUUUGAGUCGUUUUAUGGUAUAAUCAAAUAUGGAAGUAUUACACAAUAUCCUGUCUCUGUGGCUUGUUAUGUUUGACCCCAGUUACAAAUCUUAAGACGAAAGACAAAAAUCGUUUCUAUAUGAGGCUCCCUCUUGAUCUUCUCAGGUUUCCCACGCAUUUUGAUCACUGUGUUAUGUGACUCUGAGUGGUGCCAGGAAGCUGAGAGCUAGUAGGGAUCCUGUAUCAUGCUAGAUUUUAACGAUACAUCUUUUAUCUAUCUUUUAUGUGCAUCCUACAAAAAAAGAGUUUUUUCAUGCAGUGCCUGAGACUCUUUUCUUCCACUGUUCCUGAUGCUGUCUGAGCUGUUGUGUAACAUGUCUGUUAUCUGUGAUACUGUGUCGUAGAUAAUCCUCUUACUGUAUCCAAAAACCUUUCAAAUUAAAUAAAGGUGUAGUGAAUAAGUGAAUAAAUUCUUAUGUGCAGCUAAGCUAAAUCCUGUGGCAUUUCUUGACCCCUUUGUCACUCCUUGUUUGUGCACGAUGCAGGAGGACAUUUUCAACAUUACAGCGGUUGACCUGGGGGUCCUGAAAAAACUCAAGAUCAGACAUGACAACAGCCAGGCCAGUGCCGGCUGGUUUCUGGACAGAGUGGAAAUUGUGGACAACAAAGAUGACACCACGUAAGUUAUCAGUAUCACAAAAAGAGAGACCAGGCGAUAACACCCUUUCACUCAAAUCCUUUAAAUUAUUUCAACAACUGAUGUUCAAAAACUAUUAAAAAAUACAUAUAAAGAGAUUGCUGAGUCAUGCUAGUCAUUAAAACAAAGCCACUAGCCAAAAAGAACAACAAAUUCUUUAUCUUUCAUAACAACCAGUACACAUAAAAUGUCUUUAGGGCUCCACCUUGUGGUGUCAAAUGGUAGAAGUAUCAUUUCCCAGCAGAUUAAGCAAAAUGAUAUCACUGAUUGAAGUAGUGUGUCUGUACAUAUUGUGAUAUAUUACUUGUUCUGUUUGUUUUAGGUACUUUUUCCCCUGUAAACGUUGGCUGGCUGUUGAUGAGGAUGACGGACAGCUUGCCAGGGAGCUGGUCCCCGUGGAUGAGGCCUUCAUGAGGAAAGGGGAUGAUGAUGAGGAGGACUCUGAAGCCACACUUGGUCUGGAACAGAAAGGUAAGAACAGCAGUGUAGCUACCUAUCCCAAAUAAUUUCAACACAUUUGAUAUUCAGCUUACUUUAAUCAUCAUUUGAUUGGAAACAAAUCUUUGAGAUGUUGAGUUUUUCUGCUCUGGUUAUUCCAGCAAUGUCAACAACAUACACACUGAGGAUAAAAACUGGAGACAAAAAGUAUGCAGGAACUGACGCCAAUGUCCUUAUAGUCCUAUUUGGUACCAAGGAUGACACAGGUGAUACUUAAAACAUCAACUCAGAGUUUAUCGCCUAGUGCAUGUGUCUAUAACUAAUCUAUGGUGUGUGUAUCUACAGGGAUCAUUAAUUUAAAGGCUUCAAAGACUCAUAAGAAUAAGUUUGAGCGGGGCAUGAUUGACGAGUUUAUCGUGGAAGCUGUGGAUAUCGGGCUACUCAGGAAGCUGCGUAUCGGACACGACAACUGUGGUACAGUGGGGCAGACUUUCCGCCUGCGCAGAUGAGAAUGUAGAAGUUGUCCAGAUAGAUCUACAAAUUAAUUCUGUGAUGUGAAACAGUUUGUGUUCAUAUUUAAGGAGGGGGAUCAGCAGGGUGGUUCCUCGACUGGGUGGAGAUUGAUGCCCCGUCUCUGGGACAGAAACUGCGCUUCCCCUGCGGACGCUGGUUGGAUAAAGGGGAGGAUGAUGGGGCCAUAAUCAGGGACCUUUUUCCUAAUCCUCUACAGACAGAGCUUUACACACCAUGUGAGUCAAGCUACAAGACAGAAUACAAAAUUUUUACAAUAAUAAAGACAUACAAUGCAUUUAAAUGAUCCUUUUGUUUUGUUUUGUUUCAGUCGUUCCCUACGAGAUUAAAACCUUCACCAGCGAUGUGUUCGGAGCCGGCACAGACGCAGAUGUCUUCAUUGUCCUGUACGGGCGAGAUGCAGUUUGCACUCAGCAGAAGUCUCUGUGUGUCAACAAGAGGGAGAGGAUAAUGUACUUUGAGAGGGGAGCUGAGGACAUGUUUAUUGUUGAGGUAGGAAAAAGACAUUCAGCGGUGGAGAAAUAUGGAAACUUUAGAAUUGAUUUAAACAUAAUUUUAACGACAUGGCACCACAUGGUUCAGCCCCUGUUUAUAUUUCAGUGCUUUAUUACCCGUCCUCACCGCUGUACAACAACCUUUUUAAAGAUGGUUUACAAUCAAAAACACCCACAACUUUGAGUUUCAGGAGUUACAUGUUUUUUUCUGUGGCUCAUUGUUUUCUGCCCUGGUUAGAUAAUGCAAAUCAGACCAAUGACAUCCAGAGAAAAUAUUUGGAAAUGACGUUACUUGCACUGCUCUAUAAUGCGUAUCUGCAUUUUUUCUCAACAAAAAAGUCACACGAUAAGUUGGCAGCAGCUUAGCUGUAUUAAUUAUUAAGAAACAUCAGGUCUCUGGAAAUAUGAGCUCUUGUGCUAUCACCCUUUGGUGGCUCUAUCUGUAUAUCCUCUUCUCUGCUCAACUGGUGUAUGUCUGUAAAUGGUACACCAGCUUAUUCUGUAAACAAGAUUGUUUCCAAAUGAGACUAACCCUGAUGAAACUGUUGUAAUGCUUAAAACAUUUCUUAAGAUAGAAAAAAAAUGUACCUAUGAGUCAAAAUUCAUGUUUUUACUGAUCAAACAAUGUAAAGUUAUAUAAGAUAUGAUCCAGAAUCUCUGUUCCCUCCUCUAUGUGAGUGUGUGUGUGUGUGUGUGUGUGUGUGUGUGUGCUAUCAGUAUUUUUUAUGUAAAUGAAGGAAGUAAAUGAAGUCUCUUUCUCUGUGAGUUCAUCAGGCUGCCCUUUCGAAAGUCCCUGGGCCAUUGCAAAGUAUUAUCAACUGAACAGGGGCUUUUGAAAGGGGUAGAUUUUUGACCCCAGAACUAAAUUUAGACCCUCAAUCCUGGGGUCUAAUGCUCAGGGUUCCUGGUGAAGGUCCUUAAGUUCCUGCAACCGAAAAGCACCUUCAGUUACGUAACCAGAAUCCCCUGGUGAUAACACCCUCGAAGCUUAAAAGUAAAGAGGACAGCCUGCUCACCUCUUUAGCCCCUGGACUCUGAUACUCAGUACCUCUGCUGCCUGUUUUAAAACUUCUUAAAGACCCAAUUUGUAAAGUUGUCUUUAGAUAAUGCUACACCUGUUAUCUUUCUCUGGUCAGCUGGGUUUAUGUGUGCUGGUUUUGUGUGCACUAAAUCUCUUAGGUAUACAUCUCCUCCUGCUUUUUGUUUGUCACACUUUGAUUUAAUUAGCACCCCUAUUCUUAUUCUCAUCCUUUUUUUCCUUCCACCUUGUUUUUGAAACACUUUUAGACCUUGAUUAAGGAAGGUUUGUUACGGCAUAAAAUACACUGAUUUAUUGAGCUACACCCUGUAUAACAGUGAAGACCAGUGAGCCCUUCUGUGUGUUUCUCAACUCAGUGCUCUGGUGUUUUCUGUGCAGUUAGAGGACGUCGGAGAUGUAAUUGAAAAGAUCCGUAUCGGUCAUGACAACCGCGGGGUUAACCCAGGCUGGCAUCUGGACCGAGUGGAGAUCAGACGGCUGCUCCGGAAAGGAAAGGUAUACUGCAAACAGAGACGCAUUAAAAUCCUUACUAUAGCAGCAUUUCUAUAAAAUAAAUCACAGAGUGACAGGAAUAAGUGAUAAAGGUGUUCAUUUAAAAGAUUAUCAAUUUGCCUCUGAGUUAAAGGAGGUCUGAGCACUUGUGUAAAGUGUAAUUAACGUAAUAUUGUAGUGAUUUGCUGUAUUUCAGGGAAACAAGAUUGAGAUAACACAAUACAUUUACAUCUAAUUUUGAUAUAACAUUAUACAAAUAUAAAAUACAUAGUGAACUGACCAUAGUUUGCUCAAAUCUGCUGGUGUGCAGCAAGUAAGUCCUCCAUUUGGUCAGUAGGUGGAGAUGUUUUCCUCACAUACAGAUGAUAACCAAGGACCAAAGACUGACUUUUUGUCUUACCCACUAAACACAAGACUCUGUGUUUACCCGUCACUGUCUGAGGCCAAAAUGCACGAAUGCAAUUGUAUUUUCUUUGUCCCUGUAGGGUUCAGAGACUGUCAUCUUCCCCUGUGAAUGCUGGCUUGCCAAAUCAGAGGAUGAUGGAGAAACAGUGAGAGAGCUCGUGCCAUCCGACAUCAUCACCGAGAAACUUUCAAGAGACGGAAACCUGAAAGUCACUGAAGUUGAAGUGGAAGAUGCGCUAGAGAGUACGUCAUUGAAAAAAAAACAGUCAUUAUAUACAUUUCACUGAAAUUAUAAACAGAGAAGUGGAGGAAUAUAAGGAAGAUUUGUAUUCAUUUGUGUCCUGAAUAUCUCUAAAUAAGUCCCUGUUAUGACACUGUAUUCUGCCAAAACUCUGUCUCCUGUAAUCCUGUUUGUGAUUGUAUUUUCUACAGCUCACACAUACAAAGUGUCAGUGAUGACUGGUGAUGUGUAUGGAGCUGGCACUGACGCCAACGUCUUCCUCACAAUCUAUGGAGACCAGGGGGACACUGGAGAGAGGAAACUCAGCAAGUCAGAGACUAACAGCAACAAGUUUGAGCGGGGAGCUGUAAGAAAUCAAACAUCUAUCAUUGUGCAGUAUGAACAAAAUAACAGCAAAUUAAGAACCUGUGUUAGUAUUUUAUGGAUUAUCAUGGUUUCAUCCUCACAGGUGGAUAAGUUCACCAUAGAAGCUGUAGACCUUGGGCAGGUUUUCAAGAUCAAAAUCCGCCAUGAUAACAGCAUGGUGAGCGCCGACUGGUACCUGGAUCAGGUGGAGGUGGUGGAUGUGGAUACAGAGGAGGUUUUCCUCUUUUUGUGUGAACGCUGGCUGUCCAGGAAGAGGGAGGAUGGACGCAUUUGUAGAGUCUUCUAUGUCAAGGUAAGAGUGAGUGUAAAGCUAAUUAUUUCACCCCCUGAAAACAAAAAAGCCUCAUCUAGCUUUACAAUUUAUCACCCCAUUGCAGAUCUCUCUUGCUAACUUACAUACAUUUUUUCUUGAGUACCUAGGAUUAUUUUAAAUAACUACACAGCGUGUGUUUUGUUCAUUAGAUUAAAUCUGGUUGCAUCUUUCAUAAUCACUUACAAAAUGUCAGAAUGUUGUGAACAACAUUGAAAUUUUGAGAUUAAAAAAGUUACAAUUUUGAGAUCAAAGUCAAAAUUUGGACUUUAUUCGCAUAAUUUCAAUUUAUUUAAUCUUGAAAUAAUGACUUAAAUGUUGAAAUUUCAAUUUUUUUCAUUUCGACCAUCUUAAAUUUCAACUUUAAUCGCAAAAUUUUGACUUAAAUCAAUGGGGGGAGUUUUCUUACAACCAGCUGUACAAGAUACAAGAUUUAAUAAUAAUAAUGAUAAUAAAGAAUAAAAGAAGGACAAGAUCUUAUACAUUCAACUACAUACAACCUUUAAAGGGUCAGUUUAACCAAAUGACUACUUUUGACUGGGAUUACAGCACCAAUGUGGUCAAAGACUGAAGAGUGAGGAGCCUCUGCAGAAAUGAUAUCUGGACAAACCACAGCUCUUACUUUCAAAUUCAAAAUCAGAACACUUUUCUCAUGAUAAUAGUCUCUGAAAAAAAGAAAAACCCAGGGCCUGACUAACAAAGGAUUUUGCCGCUUUUAUUCCUGCUGAACCUGAGCAAAUGAAACCAAAAGACAGACCACUUCACCAAAUACACACAAAGGAUUGAAAACUCCUCAAACUGUUCCAGAGAAAAAAUAGCAUCUCUGUGUGCUGAUCGUGUUUCGGCGUGUUCAAAUGAGUCAUCUUGUCCUCCUUUGGGUGAUAUUAGGCACUUUCUCAGCAAAUGAACCGCACAGCAAACAUGAUUAUAAAAAUUUUUUUGAACAAAAAGAUGAAAAUCAAAAUGCUUUCUUUUUAACGAAAAGUGUCCAAGAUAAUCAUCCAAAUACAAAUCCAACAAAGACACAAGAAAAAUGACAAUAUAACCAAAAAUAUCAUCUAAUACACUAGAAAAACAAGGAAGUAAAAGCUUAUCUUCUACAUGUGGACAGGUUUUAGCUGAUCGAGAUGAGAGCACAGCAGUGAGUGGAGAUGCUCACAGUUCACCCCCUCAAUCAGACACAACACAAGAGCAAACUGCACAAGACUGCAUUACUAUGAAAUGUUGAUGCUUGUAUUCCUGCUGAACCUGAGCAAAUGAAACCAAAAGACAGACCAAUUCACCAAACACACACAAAGGAUUGAAGACUCCUCAAACUGUUCCAGAGAAAAAAUAGCAUCUCUGUGUGCUGAUCGUGUUUCUGCGUGUUCAAAUGAGUCAUCUUGUCCUCCUUUGGGUGAUAUUAGGCACUUUCUCAGCAAAUGAACCGCACAGCAAACAUGAUUGUAACAAAUAUUUUUGAACAAAAAGAUGAAAAUCAAAAUGCUUACUUUUUAAUUCAAAGUGUCCAAGAUAAUCAUCCAAAUGCAAAUCCAACAAAGACACAAGGAAAAUGACAAUAUAACUAAAAAUGUCAUCGAAUACACUAGAAAAACAGGAUGUAAAAGCUUAUCUUCUUUAAGUGGACCAAUUUUUUUAGCUGAUCAAGAUGAGAGCACAGCAGUGAGUGGAGAUGCUCACAGUUCAUCCCCUCAUCAGACACAACACAAGAGCAAACUGCACGAGGCUGCAGCACUAUGAAAUGUUGAUGCUUUGAUUGCACUGCACUGUAUGAUGGAGCAGAUAGUGGAGGGAAGUGAGGUCACGAUUGAUUAAGAGGACCACAGAGUGAGUUACUGCGUAACGAGCAAUUUUGAGUCUCUUGGAUGUAGUAUUUUAAAGCUCUGAGGAGCCCAAAAUUAUUUCCUCCCACCUCCAACACCUCCAACAAAAAAUCGAAGAAAUCAAUACCUUGAAUCCACAGCACAUAAAUCUAAAGCUCUGCACGUCAGGCGGAUAACCACUUUCACCCACUAAUAUCUAUAAAUAGAUGUUUGUUCAUUUCUUAAUAUCAUUCUUUUGGUAAUUUCUUCGGUUUUUGUGAACUGCAUGUGAUUUUAAAAGAACUGGCUUCAACAUACAAGAUGGGCUGUCAAUUAUUCUCUAUCACGAGUGAAGGAGAAAGGGUUCUUUGAGCUUCUUUAGAAAAUGAUCAUUGGUUAUCUCAUAACACAGACUUGUGUGAAACGCAGGCUUUAAAGUUUGCUCAGAUCUCAUAAAUCUGUGUUUCCUCUCAGGGUUACGAAGGCGUUAGAGAAGGCCUUAACAGUAAGAAGAACUCAGCCUUGACUGUGAAAAGUGUCGACAGCAAUAUGAACAAAAAGAGCAAAAAGAAAAAAGAGGAGGACAUCGAGCUCCCGAGUAAGAAAAUCAGAAACUCUCAGCACUGCACGCCUGAUUCAUCCGCUGCUCUCUGAAUGUUUGGCAUUAAAGUUUCAACACAAACAUCUUUGCGCAAUCUCUCGCUGCUUUCAUCAAUGAAUAAUUGCCGUUUCCUUCCUGUGCAGUCAUACCGUACCACAUGACCAUCUGUACUGGACUAGAGCGCGAUGCAGCCACCACCAGCAGGGCUUAUGUGAUCAUUAUCGGGGCCAAUCACACCCAGACAGAAAGACUGUGGCUGGACCUGCCUGAUGGGAGGAAGGGCUUUGAGGCCGGCUCUCUGGAGAGCUUCGAGACCCAUGGUUCAGACGUGGGAGAGAUCAAAAAGGUUGAGGUGAGGGAGGGUUGGAGCUCUAGAGCUUCAUCGAGGAUUGUGCACAAAUCACGCAUCCCACCCCACACACACACACACACACACAAACAUUCAGAAAAAUACACCCACGUCGCUGAAAGUGAUUGUUUCACUCCCCGCCUGCAGCUUGGCCAUGAUGGGGCCACUCCUGAGAGCUGCUGGCUGGUUGAUGAGCUGUCUGUUGCCGUGCCAACCAAAGGGGUCAAAUACAUCUUUGCUUGCAAGUGCUGGCUGGCCAAAGAUCGAGGGGACGGUUUGACUGCAAGAGUGUUCAAUGUGCUGGAUGCAGAGAAUAUUGCUAUCUCCCAGAAGGUACGUUAAUUGAUGCAAAGCACAGGCAUAUGGCAGAGAGCAUUCAUCACUUUCACAAUGAGAUACCCAGAUAGACUUUUCAUAAUGAGUGAUUUCAAAUCAAACUGUUAUAGAUAAGCCAAUGGACCAAUUAACUUCAGUAAAAUAGUAAAUAAGAGUCUAAUCAAUAAACUGACUCUCUCUUACUUUCCAAAUCUCUCGAUCUAAUCAAUGUCCUAAUUAGGAAAGAAGAUUGGGACUUAUUUUCAGACAUGUACUCUAAAGAACCAUUGCCUGUCUGUCACAAAUAUUAAAGACCCUGCACUUCUCCUGAGCUUAGAGAUAUUUACAGUGGUUAAAAAGUGAUAUUAAUGUGCUGUGUAACAAUGAUUUUUCCAAAUGUUUUGCCACCACCAUGUGUCUGAUGAGAAAAAACUUGGCUUAUUAAAGGUCGAGUUCAUUGAUAGUGGUAUCUCAGUUGUUUUAGCCCUUAAUUUUAAUGUCUUAAAUGUUUUUGCCAGGUCAUUUAUGAGGUCACCGUGGUAACAGGGGAUGUGCAAAAUGCAGGAACAGACACCCAGAUCUUCAUGUCUGUAUUUGGGGCCAAUGGCAGCACAGAGGAGAUGCUGCUGCAGAAAAACGAGGACAGGUAGCCAAAAAAUGCACGUCAGAAACACUAUUAAAGAAAAAUGAAAUGAAGAGAUGACGCAGCAGGUUAUAGAACUGAUUUGUUUGGUGGAUGACAGGUUCGAGCGCGGUCAGGAAGACACUUUCAACAUGGAGAUCGAUGAUAUUGCCCCACUGAGGAAAAUGAGGCUUCGUAUUGACGGCACCGGCAGUCGACCUGACUGGUUCCUGGAUAAGGUCAGCUCAGUUUUUAAUGUGAACUAAUGCCAGAACACAACCAUAAUCAAUAUCUGUUAACAUAUCUUGAUGAGGAGAUUAUAACGGACAUUUAAAAGAAAAUCAAUACAUUCAUAACGCAUAAAAAUAUAUCAGAAAUUUAUUAGACCUUCUAAACUCUAUGUCUAUGUCUCAUAUCUGUAAUGGUGGAGCUUCAUUAAUUGUUUUGAAAGAUUCCAUUAAAUAGCAACUGAGAUGCAUUGUGGGUAAUGACAAGCAAGAACAAUUCAUGAUGUAGCAGUGCAACACCCAGUGCAGUGGCACUACACAUUAAGAAUGUAAUAAGCAUCAAGAAUAGUUAAUAUGCCACUUAUAAGACUUUUUGAGGUACUUAUAAAUGUUUUUCAAGUGUUAAUAACAGUGUAAUUAACAUAUUCAUCAUUACUUUUGGACACGUUGAAGUUCUCAUUAGAAACUUGUCAACAGUUUAUAUACAAGUAUUUGAUAUUUAUUAGCAUUAAUUAUACUUUAGAAGGGUUGAUAAGAUAUUAAUCAAUAUUAUAUCAUUAGCUUGUAACACAAAUGCAGGGAACAUAAUUACAGUAUCUAAUACAGUAUGUCUAGUAUAGUAUGUAUGUAUGUAUGUAUAAAAAGUAUUUAUGAUGCAGUUAUGAACAGCUGAAAAUGCUCUCUUGCAGCUUCUGGAUCUAAAGUGGUAACAAUGUCUCAUCAAAAUUAAUAAAUUCUUGUAGCUAGCGCCUUUUCACGUUUAUAAGCAUUUUAUAAGGGGCUUUUUCACCAAAUAAUGCUUAUUACGCAGACCUUAACCCAUUUAAACCGGGACAGCAUGUCCGCAUUUAAACCUUCCAAGCCAGGAGCGUGGCUGUGCACUUCUACUCGGAAAGCCGGGUGCAUGUAGGUAUUUCUACCCCUCAAGUACGUCAUUUCGUAACAUUAUAUGGUUUUUCAAUAAUUUCUGGAGUCGUGGUGAAUCAAAUCAUCAUACCGCCAUCAUACUGCCUCUGAUAGGCUAAUAAAGCUUAGUAAAGUGAUCGAAUUCAUGCUCAGAUCUUGCUACGUACUUGGUGAGGAAAGUAAACAAUGACGGACGCAGAGAGCAGCUUCGGAGGAGAAGCAUCCAGCAGUGUGAACAACCUCUUCAUAUUGAGUGCUUCGACUCACACUAUCGGCGUUUUCUGUGAGUGUUGCAUGACUUUGGGAGAUGAACACACUGUCAGCCGCUUAUUUAUUUAUUUAUUGUUUAGUUUUUAGAGCUGCUUUUGUAAUGGCACUAUACUAGAGCAGCUGCACACCCUUUCAACACUUUAUUUUUUUAUAUUUACAUUUGAAUUGAAUGGACACUUUAUCAUGACUGCCACUUGUUUUAGAAAGCAAAUUGUUUGCUAUUCUUCAGGGCAGAGCCUUCACUUUUAUAUAGACAACUGCUUUAUCAUUUGAGUUGGUUUGUUCAAAGUUUUCAAAAAUGUAAUGAGGGUUCAAAAAAAUAAGUCACACUGAAAGCCACAUGUAUAAGCUUUCAAAUACUUUUUGAAUUUUGUUUCUAUCUGCUACAGAGGCUGAUACAUCAGCUUUUUUGGUAAACCUCAACACUACAGAAAACCUCAGGAUCUGGGGGUCCUUCUUAAAAUGGCCCUCAGGAUUUCAGAGGCGUGUCUCAGACAGGGUUUAGGUCUUAAUGUGUUACUAUAAAGUGUUACAGUUCAGUGACAUGUUCACAUACAAUACUUUUUUUUCAACGCUUCAGUUGACUUUAAUAUAAACUUGUCAUGCACAAAACACUAAGUUUGACUCUCUCUUCCUGUCGAGGUCUAAAUAAUUUCUCAGAACAUCUCCAGAUCUCAUCCAUAAAACAUGAAGCCAGGAGCAUCAAAAAGCAACAAUAGCUUCUAUUGAACAAAGCAGAUACAGGUUUGUGUUUUACCUUGUCUGUGUAAGCUGUAGGUCACAGUGUCAUUCAAUCUAUUAUAUCACACAGACAACAACACACACACACUUCUAUUCCUGCCUCCAGGAGAGCGGUCAAUGAUUCACCCACCCACCCACCCUCAAAAACACAGACAGCAUGCACAUACACAUACGCAGCAGGGCCCAGAGUUCCUGGAGUGAGCAUAUUGACCCGUUUUAGUCAUCAUGCUGUUGUUGCUGGCAUCACAGACACACUCCUGCACAAACAGAAUUCAUCAACCUGUGUUCAUUAAAAAGAGGAAGUAUGUCAUUUUCAUUUUUUCCAAUGUGAAAAGGUCUUUUCAGUUCAAACUUGACAGAUUUAUAACGUACAAAGCAGCUUUUUAAUUGACUGCAUUUGUCACACAGCUUGUAAAAAAUAUAAUUUCAUGCUCCUUCUCUGAGGCUGACCCUGUGAGGACAACAUCACUGAUCACCUCCAAAUUUCGUGUGAUGUCUCAGGCCAAACGCCGUGAUGAAACAGAACACAUUUCCUAUGCAAAUGUCUUCUCUGGUAAAGGCACUGCGCCUGCAGAGCAGCAGAGCAGUCAGGAACAAUACCCAGCCCUGUCUGUCCGUGCCUGGGACUCAGCAACUGCAAACAUCUCCUUGAUUUGACCCUACACAGAGCCUUGUGUGUUUGGCAUCACAAGCAGAUGUGCUGCCUGUAUGGAUUGCUGGGACUCUGUAUUGAAAUGAACACAACAGUGCACCGGGCAAACUGCCAGCAUAGUAAUCUGCUCCAAUAAAUAUGCAGAGUGGAGAGCGAAUACUCGUGUGGGCAGCCUGCAUCUGAGUCUUUGACUGCAGAUUGAAUGUUUCCCUGGACCAGUGAUCUGACUCGUAUCACAUCAGUGUCCCUGGUAUGACAAAGUGUGAAACAGCAUUUACUCAAAAUGUGGUUUUAUGUUUAGAAACCGAAUGGCUUGAAGGGCCAUAGCAUCUCUUUAGGUUCUAACUUUCAGUCAGCCAAGGAGAAAGCAGUGUUUUUCUUAUGCUUCUGUAGCAAGCCUCAGGUGAACUCUGGAGGAACUACAGAUUACUUUUUAUAUAAGUAACCCUCUUACCCCUCUCUGCCGAACUGUCACUGGCUCUCACAUUAGAAAGGUGUUUUAUCAUCCAGGUGAUCAUGCGUGACCUGACCACAGAGGAGGUGUCUGUGUUCACCUAUGAGGAGUGGCUGUCCAAGCUGCGAGGACCCAAGAGAACCAUGAUCUGCGAGAUGGCUGCUGUUGUGGACGAGGAGGUGAUGGUGGAGCUCACCACCUACAUCAUUCAGGUCAAGACAAGUGAUUGUGCAGGUUAGUCCUCGACACAGAAACCUGUUUUACAUCCAUUCCUAACAUGCCAAGAUUAAGAGAAAUAAAGUGAGAUUAGCGCCCGACCGAUUUAUCAGCGAGCCGAUUAAAUCGGCCAAUUUUAGCCCGUUUGAGACUAAUCGGUAAUCGGCCAAAACUCACCGUUUUUCGCUGACAUUUUCAGAAAUAAAAUGCAGAGAAUAAGAUUCUGUUUCACUUCGAAAAUGUUCCGCCAUUUCAAAAGAUCCCCCAACUUAUCCAGUAGAUGGCGCAGCGACCUCAUGACAAUCUUCAUCUACUAACUACCUCACAGCACAGCAGAGUGACAGAUCUGGGGUGGUAGCUGAAAAUGCUUUUGGUCUUCCUGUCGGCAUGAAGAGCAGUAGCCUACAUAGCAAGUAUACCGUUGAUAUCUACUGUAUAUAUAUAUAUAUAUAUAUAUAUAUAUAUAUAUAUAUAUAUAUAUAUAUGUAUAUAUGUGUGUAUAUAUAUUUUAUGAUGUCAUAAAAAAAUUUAAAAAUCGACCGAUUAAUCGGUAAUCGGACCCCCCCACCCCAAUAAUUGGAAUCGUCAUCGGCCCCAAAAAAUCCAUAUCAGUCCGGCCCUAAUUGAGAUUAGGAAGGAAUCUUUUUUUAUUGAAGGUUUGAAUUAUCCUUUAAUUUCCUUUUUUUAAUUUGAGCAUUUUGAGUCAAAACCUCUUAUUCUGCUUUUAACUUAAUGAACAAAUUACAAAGGUCAGUGUUUGGUUUUAUCAGACUGUUUAAAGCAGACCAAAGACAUAAAAUUGUUUAAUGAUUCUCAACCAAAAAAACAAGGUCAAAAUGACUUAAUAAUUUCAAAUAUUGGGUUGAUCAUCCAGUCCCCCCUUAUUUUUCUAAUACUAGUCAUACUCUUUCUAAAAAGUAGCACCAAAAAAGAAGGGGGCUUAGGAUUGAUACAUGAGGAACACCUUUUAUCAUUAUUACAACCUGCAACUUGACCAGACCACUUGCCACUGGGGCUGUCAGCAUUGGUGCAGUAAUCGUGAUGUUCAUGCUUUCUUUUCAUCCUAUGCUAUUCUAUCCCUUUCAGUUCACCAUUUAGCACUAGCUAUUACAGCACCUCACUGCUCUUGCUGCUGCCAUGAUUAAAAUGAGUGGUUUCACUGCACAUUUGAAAUGGAAAAACUUCAGCUAGUUUAGUUGACAAGUACAAAUUAAUAUUAGCUUUGCAUUAGAUGGAAUUCAAAAUGGACUAUGACAUACUGAUACUUGAAAUGUGUGAUUGAUUUGAAGUCCAGUCAGUGCGAUUAGGAUGUUAACUUUUGACAGUAGUAAAUCAAUGUAUUUGCACAAAAAAAGAAAGGAGUCUAGGAUUAAACCCUGAGGAAUACCAUUUACAGUCAUUGAACUAGCACCUGUAUUAGACCUGCUAGCUCUAGAAUCAAAAUAUUGAAUUUUACAUCACUUAUCAGACAAGACAACAAUUCCUAUCCACUCUUUAUCCUCAGCACAGGCUCAGGCUGAGUUCAAGGUGCUCAGAGUGAACAGAGCAGCUCAGAUAUCCUCUUUUAUCAGCAACAUCCUUGAACACUUCAUGGUAAUCCUGAAGGAAUCCCAGAUCAGAUGAGAGAUUACACAUGUCAAAGUGUGGUUUAUAUGCACCUUUUUUGAAAGGUAGUGCCUUAAGGGAUCCUGCAGGUGCUUAGAGUUUAAGGUCGGCGGGUUCUCAUUGUGGAUCUUUUAGACCUGUGACUUUACACUUCGCCAAAUAAGUUCUUUAACCUGUAAAAUAUAUGAAAACCUGGAAUAUCUUUCAUUGCUAUCCAAAGAUCAAUGUAAAUGUUGUAUUGAUCACUUUUCCCUGUUGACCUGUGCUUUUACAGUCGUUAAAUUUCAAGAACAGGCAAAGGUGGGAAAGUUGAUAUUCGACUCCAACAUGGUAAAGAUGAAAUCCUCUUAAGAAAUACUGCCACACAGUCCUGCCCGCUCUCUUCUUCAUGCAGAAUUUUUCUGCAGCUCAGCAGUGCUGCUGAUCAAUACGAUAGCAUAGAGAGAAGUCUGAGCCGACUUCAAAGGACUGCUCUCUGCCCUUGGCUGUUACUGGGAGCUGAAAUGAGUGGAAUAAUGUGCAUGGCAGAUAGAGACACACACACGCACGCACGCAUGCAGGGAACAUUACAUAGGUGACAGUCUGGGUGAGGUAGUGCCCUCCUUUGGGAUUAACAUAACAUGAAUGACAUGUAGACCGCCAUGAACCAUUGACAUGUGAAGUAUAUAUACAUGCAUGUAAUGGUAUAUGAGUUCUUAAAGUUGCUCUAAGCAUGACAGAAUUUCUAAUGUUGUGGCUCCUUUAAUGCUGCUGCUAGCAUAGCUUACAGACAUGUGUUAAACCAGGCCACAAAAACAUGCCAGGGUCUGAGUGAGGCAAUAUACAUUCACUUAGUGUGUAAAUCAGUGUUAUGAAAGGAUUAAACACACAGGAAUCGAACUAUAGAGUCAGAGGACGGCGCUUCCUCUGCUGAUCUUUCAACUCUCUUGCAUAAUGUGAUUCGUUGUUUGUUGAAGAGUUUUCUCGGGGCUUUGCAAUCUUCGUUUUUAUUGCAAUAAUUUAACACAUCUCUGUGAUACGUGAUGUGCAUCAGUUUAAAAGAACAACAUCAAAGCAUUGAUUUAUUAUUUAUACUCAGCGUACUUGAUAACUGUUCACAUAUGACGUCAAGAUCUUUUUUUUUUUUUUUUUUGGUGAAAUUUUUAUGAAUUUGUUUUUUAGUCAGAACAAAAUAAAAGACACUUUCAGAGAGGGCAAUACAGAGGUGUUUGACAUGCAGUAUUUUAAGUGAAGCCAAUACCAAAGUGCAUUCUUCACUUUGGCCAGCAGGGGGUGAAUCCAGAAGCCUGAUUAUUUACUUGUGAUUGAUAGGCAGAAAUAUUAGACAUAUUCAUAGUAGAUUUAACUCACUAAUUCUUGACUCUUAAAAAACAAAGUUGGACAUGGCAACCAAAGUUUACCUCUAGCUUCAUAAUAGUGGUUGUUAAACCAUAACGGUGUCAGUGUUUGUUUUAAACUGGCAGUCAGAUAAUUGAGUAUUAAUGCAACAGUGAAAUGAAGCAGAGCUCCUGGGUAAUUUCUCUAAAGGGCUCAUUUAUCUUCCUCCUCAGGUGCAGGCACCGAUGCAAACGUGUGGAUCAUUGCUUUUGGAGAGAACGGAGACACGGGGACAUUAGCGUUGAAAGAGUGCAGCAAGUCGAACAAGUUUGAGCGCAAACAAUUGGACACGUUUCGCUUCUCGGAUAUCCUCAGCCUGGGAGAGCUCUCCAAGGUGCGAGUCUGGCACGACAACUCAGGUAAACCACCAGAAUGACCGGCUGUCAUUCUGCAUACGGGGCUAGUUAAAUCUGUUAUUAUAAUAAAUUACUGACUUAAUGUGUCAAACUGAGGGAGAAUAAGGAGGACUAAGAAACACAGACAUCAGCCUCUAUUUUCACUUUCUGUCUCUUUUGCCUCCUGACCUCGUUACACCCAGGCCCUGCCCCAGGAUGGCACCUGGAUUAUGUCGAUGUGAAGGAUGAGAUCAUGGAUAAAACAUUUCGUUUUCCCUGUGACCGCUGGCUCGCUAAGAAUGAUGACGACGGACAGAUAAUGAGAGAACUGGCCUGUGCUAACAACGAUUAUCUGGACCUCAACGAGAAGACGAGUAAGCCUUGUGUUUACAACACAUACAGAUGUUUUAAGAUUUCAGACUUCAGUCCUGUUUGAUUCAGCAACAUCUCCUCUGUAGUUUAAUACCACUGGUCUCUUAUAAUUUGUUCAUCAAAAAUGGGGUCUAAUUGUAUACAAUCUUAUUCACCAUUGUGUUGAGAGUUUGGUGUAUGUUCUCUGUUAGAAUUAAGACAUUAAGGAUGAAACUGAACAUGUUUUCUACCUCUCUUAAGAAUAUGAAAUAUGCACCACGACUGGAGACGCAGCUGAAGCUGAAACCAAAGAAAACGCUUGGAUUGUACUUGAGGGGAAAAAGGGCCGAUCAAAAGAAUUCGUAAUGGAGAACUCCUCAAAGAAGAAGAGGUUUUUGCGGUGGGUACUUAUGUGUGAGAUUAGCUCAGUGAGCUGCAACUUGUCUGCGUGAACCUGCUUAAAGAAACGUAUUUUCUUCCCCUCUUUUUCCACCUUUACACUUAUUAUGAUAAUCCUACCAGCAGCAAGCACUUGAGCUCAGAGAAAUGCUGCAAUCCACUCUUAAGACAUUACAUCAUCCUGAAGAAAAUUCAUUCAGACACUUGAUAAAUGAGUCGAAACGUGUAUUUUGAGCAUGUUGUCUGACUGAUGAGAAAACUGCUCAUACUGACAGGAUCAUAUGAAUCUCUUUGUAGGGGAAAUGUGGACAGGUUUGAGUUUUCAUCCAAGAACCUGGGGGACAUUGUUGGUAUCUGCCUGGGACACACACCCAAGGAUGGAAAGAAAGUAAAGGGGGAGGUUUUCUGGUAUGUGGUGGAGGUCGUCGUCACUGAAAGGGAACUGGGAAACAGGUAAGACAUUGGUUACUGCUCACUGACCCUCUUCUACACCCGCUUACCAUAAUCAGACUGCAGCCAUUUCUCUCUGACAUCAUGCUCAGGGCUGGAAUCGCAAAUGCUGCAACAAUUUUGUGAUUCGGUGUUAACAUUUUUAAAUUGCAUGGAAGUAGGAAACCUUAGAAAUUCAUCCUACCUGGAUUUAUCAGCGACAAAAGAGACUCGAGUCUGAAACUGUGAAAAUCAACAGUGUUGUGGUGUUGUGUCAUUCGCAAAUAAUUCGUUCAAAAGAACCGAAUCUUUUAAGUGAAUGUACUGAUAAAUGGCAUACCAUAGGACAGUACACUUAAAACUUCAUGACAAACCUGUUUGCCAAAGCAACACAGCCAAACACUCUCAUCUCCCUGUCCCAGAAGCUAUGAAUUGAACUGAAUCCUGAACCGUUCAUCUGAGUAUCAGUUCAGGAGGUCGAAGUCUCAGGCUCCUCCUGCCAAAUGCUGAAUGAUUCGGUGAUAUGAUGAACAAAUAUUUUGAAUGAAUCUUUUUAGUGAACUGAUUCUAGUGAUUCAGUACAUCUAAAAGAACUGUUCAUUUGCCCAUCACUACAGUAUUGAAGUAACAACACAGCUUGGUUUCCUUUUUAGAAAUCAUAAUUUCUCUGCUUUCUGUCUGUUACUUGCUUGAUUUUGAUUGGUCAAAACCUCAUAACCAGAGUGAUCAAUCCACAGAAGGGAGUCCAGUUCAUUUCACUGCUGCCUGUUGACACUGUGGCAAAAAUGUUGGUUUCAAUUUAACAUACCAAGUUGGUUUACAAAGAAGAAAAAAAAGUCAGUUUCCAUCUCAGGCUGGUCUUCAGAGCCUUGAAAUAAUAAUGACAGUUACCAGGCACAUAUGUGAGAACAGCCUGAGGAGCUACUGGACCCCAACCAGCUCUGAAAAGGAAAAGCUGAGCAAGAUCCUGUCUUACAAUCCCAACAAUGGCAACAGAGCUGGUGAGUUCAUCUCUGAACCUCCAAGCACGAUAAACUAGCUCAAAUCUAAGUGGUAAUAAUAAUAGAUGGGACUGGGGAAAUUGACUGGGAUCAAUUUGGCUAUAAUCCCAAAUAUUUACAUGUAAAUGUUCAUCAAAAUGUACUGUUCCCAUUUUAAAAAAUAAAUAGAUAGAAAUAGUAACAGUGUUAAAAGUUCUAACUAUAUCACCUUAUCCAAUGUAACCUUCACUGAAAAUGUUCAGUUUACAUGAAUUUGUCCCUCAAGGUGACUGAUAAGACUCUGUGGCCCUGGAAGUGUUGAGUUUUUGAGGGUCUUGUUCCCCCUGAAGGGUUUCUGGAUUACAUAACCAUUAGUUCACUAUACAUCAUCCCUUAUUAAGACAACAGGUAACAAAAGGACACAACCUUUGUCCAUUAUUGUUUGAUAAAUUAAAACCUUUUCAUGACAGAAGCAUCAAUUCUCUCAAUCAUUCAGACUUUAUUUGUAUAAAACUUUAAUGCAAUAUGCUGAAAGUCGUGAAUGCUCAAGAUAAUAUUGGCCAGUAAUAAAAAGAUAUUUUAUCUAUAAAAAUGAAGCUAUUGUAUGUCCUAUGUACAUUCUGAUUUUAGUCACAAAUGAUUAUAGAGGAUAUAAAAUAGCAACUGAUGUAUUUUUUUUUUGUUGGUAUAUGAUUUGAAACCUGAAACACUGCAGUAUGACAUUAUGGCAGCAUUUGAGCUUCAAACACCUUGCAUGAUGUUGGUGAGAUAUGACUGUCCUGAAGAGUUGGGCACACGUCCAUCAAUCUGUUAAUUGUUCUUUGUAGGCUCAAUUUCUUUGCUCUUACCUGGGCAGAAAGUAUUAUAGACAGUAUCAAUGCAGAGGCAGGGAGCCUGGUGAAAUAAUGGUGAAUGACUCUAAAUGGUAAAUGACUCUGCUCUGAAAGCCACCUCUUGUGCCUGAUUGUAAUGCUGGUGCUAUGAAGAGCUGUUCAGGAGUUGAGAGAGCUGGUUCUCGCUGGAUCACUAAAAACAGUAAUUCUCACUGUAAGGUAUAUCAUUUCUCCUAAUGGUUAUUUACCUGAGAAAGGAGGAGAAUCGACUUCUUGCUCUGACAUGGUAAAAUGAAUCACAAACAACUUGGGUGAGAGCAUGCAGCCUUUUAAAUUUGAUGGAUCCCUGUUGCAGCAGGAGGGGGAGUGAACCAUCAGGCUUUCAACAGGUUUUUUUUAGGCUAACAUUAUUGUAAACUUGAGCUAAUUUCAAACUGGAUUAAUGUAUUCACUUUGAUCAAAGCUGACACCUUUGUUAACGGAUUAACAGAGUUUUUGAUUAGCUGUGCCCACCUCUGCUGCUCUGUGAGUAUGGUAAAGGCUGAGGUCAUUCAUUUCUCUCUUUACAGCGUUAUUUGUUGCUCACUAGUUGUUUUCUCUCCUCAUCUUUCCAGGUACUUCUUCAGUUGCAACGCCGCCAUCCCUCUCUCUCCAAAAAGGGACGAGUUCUUGACCUUUGAGUGCACUAAGGCCAUUGAGAGCUUUGCCAGUAAAGCUCGCAGCCUUGUACCCGUCAAGUAUGAGAUAAUCGUUAUCACUGGUGAUGAGAAGGGAGCGGGCACAGAUGCCAACGUUUUCAUCACUAUCCACGGCUCCAAUGGGGACUCAGGCUGCCGUCAGCUGCGGCAGAAGUUUCGUAAUCUAUUCGAACGUGAGCAAACAGACCGUUUUGUUCUGGAAAUGCUUGACAUGGGGGAGCUGCAGAAAGUCCGGGUAGAACAUGACAAUUCUGGUUUGAGCCCUGGAUGGCUUCUCGGUAGAGUGGAAGUCACUAAUACAGCCAACGGUGUUACUACAAUUUUCCUCUGUGGAAAGUGGCUCGACACAAAGAAGGCAGACGGGAAGAUCGUCAGGGUCUUGUAUCCAAAAUAUUAG